GGCACGCGGCAGGUCUCGCGAGAGGUGCAGGCAGGAUGGAGCCGCAGCGCGUGCCCACCGGGAUCGGCGGGCUCCUCAUGCGCACGGACUGGACGGAGCCGUGGCUCCUGGGCCUGGCGGCCUUCCACGGCCUCUGCCUGCUGCUCACCUGCCUCUCCUUCCGCCGCUACCGGCUGCAGGUCGGACAUUUCCUCGGCCUCGUUGCUUUAGUGUUUUGCGCAGAGUAUAUCAACGAACUGGCUGCUAUGAACUGGAGGUCGUUUUCUAAAUACCAGUAUUUUGAUUCAAGAGGAAUGUUUAUUUCCAUAGUUUUCUCAGCACCACUGUUGUUGAAUGCUAUGAUCAUUGUGAUCAUUUGGGUGCAUAAGACAUUGGCAGUAAUGACUGAGCUGAAGACGUUACAACAGAAAAGAAAAGCCGACAGAGAAAAGAGAAGGAAAACAGACUGAUGUAGAAAUAGUAUUUGCUCUGGGGUUUGGGGUUGGCUUUUUUAACCUUUUCGCCUGUAACCAAAACUUCCAACGUCUGUGAAAUGCGCUGUUCCAGCUUUACUGGUGCUUUCCUAAAAGACGAUUUUUGGGUUGAUGGUCUGCCCUGUGCAGAUUUGAAGCCAAAAUACUUGAAGGAAUAUGUGAAUGCAAAAUGAAGUAUGUUUCGUUCAACUCACAACUUGGUCUCUAUGAUGCACGUUCGAAGAGUUGUUUAGGGAGACCAAGUUUCAAUUAGUAAUCUCUUGUUUCUGACUUGCUGUAGUUUGAGUCGUAGCCGAGUGCCGUAAUUGUGAAUGAUUUUGGUUCUGCCGGGCAUUAAUUUCACGGGCUUUCUAUCUAUUAAGUGUUGAAUAUCGUCGAAUUUUGGAUAAAUGUUUUGGGAGA